AUGAUGAGGAUCUUGUUUCGUGAUCCGAAAUUCAUUCUGCCGGUUUUGCCCUUUUUUCCGAAGUCUUGUUACGCUGGUUCUGGAAUGAUUGACACGGAUGAAAUCACCAUCGUUGACGAUGAAGGAGAAGACGAAAUUGGUAUGGUUGAAGCCGCUGAAGAUUUCGAUGCUUUAGCCAACGAGUCUGCUGUAUAUCUGAUUGUCGCAUUGAAUAUUGCUGUAGCAGGGUUCCUAGUUAAAUGUUUACUGUGGUUAAUAAAGUAUAUAAAUAGUAGUAGCACUACUAUCAUGAAUUGGCCUUGCAAUAAGCUGUCGAACAAUACUAUUCAUUCUCUCAGAGAAGGUAGCCAUCAAAUUCAAAUGGAAGAAAGACAUUCCUCAGCCAAUGGAGCUGUUCUUCAUGAAAACCAAGCAACUGCCAUUUGCUCCUCUCCAUCUGCUCCGGUUAAGGAGAAGUGA